ACUCGGCCGCUGUGGUUGCUGGCGGCUGCAAUCCGGGCCGGGCUGGCGCGGAUUCCGGGCCGGGUUUUGUGGCACGCCCCCCCUCCCCUUCCUAUGAACUCCAAUCCAGCUCGCUCUAUUGCCUCAAUAUGUCUCAAGAUGGCCGCCAAUGUGGGAUCGAUGUUUCAAUAUUGGAAGAAAUUUGAUUUACAACUGCUUCAGAGAGAACUUGAUGCUACUGCUACAGUAUUGGCCAAUCGACAGGAUGAGAGUGAACAGUCCAGAAAAAGGCUUAUUGAUGAAAGUCGUGAAUUUAAGAAGAGCACACCAGAGGACUUGAGGAAGCUGGUAGCUCCAUUACUGAAGAGUUUCCAGGCAGAGAUUGAUGCACUAAGUAAAAGAAGCAAAGAAGCAGAGGCAGCCUUUCUGAAUGUUUACAAAAGAUUAAUUGAUGUUCCAGAUCCUGUUCCAGCAUUGGAUCUAGGACAGCAACUCCAACUCAAAGUUCAACGCAUGCAUGACAUUGAAACAGAGAAUCAGAAGCUCCGCGAAACACUUGAAGAAUACAAUAAAGAAUUUGCAGAAGUCAAGAACCAGGAGGUUACAAUAAAGGCACUUAAAGAAAAAAUCAAAGAAUAUGAGCAGACUUUGAGUAGCAGAGCAGAAAUCCUUGCACUUGAAAAAGAACAGAAAUUACAAAAUGACUUCAGUGAAAAAGAAAGGAAACUACAGGAGACUCAGACAUCUUUGGCCUCAAAAUUUGAGGAAGCUGAUCAUAAAGUUCAGGCAUUACAGUCAGCCUUGGAAUCAACACAGACUGAAUUAUUCGAUUUGAAAACCAAGUAUGAUGAAGAAUCAACUGCCAAAGCAGAUGAAAUUGAAAUGAUCAUGACAGAUCUGGAACGAGCCAAUCAGAGGGCUGAAGUGGUUCAGAGAGAGGCAGAGUCCUUACGAGAGCAGCUUUCCUCAGCUAACAAAUCCCUUCAACUGGCCACUCAGAUUCAGAAGGCUCCUGAUGUGGAACAAGCUAUUGAAGUGUUAACACGAUCAAGUCUGGAGGUUGAAUUAACUGCAAAAGACCGUGAAAUAAUGCAGUUAGUUGAAGACGUGCAACGACUGCAGGCGAAUCUGACGAAACUGCGUGAGACCUCAGCAAAUCAGGUCUCACAACUUGAGCAGCAACUUACUGCAAAGAAUAGCACACUCAAGCAACUGGAGGAAAAGCUAAAAGAACAGUCAGACUAUGAAGAGGUUAAGAAGGAACUGAGUAUCUUGAAGUCCAUGGAAUUUGUACCAGCAGAGGGAUCUGGAGCACAGGAUGCAUCCAAGACUCUAGAGGUACUUCUGCUGGAAAAGAACCGCUCACUACAAUCUGAAAAUGCAACUCUGCGUAUCACCAAUAGUGACCUUAGCGGGUCAGCUGGGAGAAAUGGGAAAGACCGACUUGAAAGUCUGCGUCCUUCGACCUCACCAACUCCCCCUCCCUCAAAGUUGCUGCGCAACACGAAUGAGCAGGCUUCCAGUGCUAAUGGUACGCACCAAUUUUCACCGACGGUUUUAGGUCAAGAUUUUUACAGUUCAUCAUUGGCAAGCUCCCCGGUCCCCCUGGCCUCUGCAGGGAAAUUUGCACUAAACUCGCUUCUUCAGCGGCAGCUAAUGCAGUCCUUCUACUCCAAGGCAAUGCAGGAUGCGGGAAGCACAACCAUGCUUUUUCCAACAGGUCCUUACAGCACAAACUCCAUAUCAUCCCCAAGCCCCAUACAACCAAGUGCUGACUUGAAUGGAAUGAUCCCUUCACCCAGCCAGUCAGAGAGUACUGGAAGCAUAUCCGAGGGCGAGGAGCUGGAUACAGCGGAAAUUGCACGGCAGGUUAAAGAGCAGUUGAUCAAGCACAAUAUUGGCCAACGGAUAUUUGGACAUUAUGUACUGGGGUUGUCUCAAGGCUCUGUAAGUGAAAUAUUGGCCAGACCGAAACCGUGGAAUAAGCUGACUGUUCGAGGGAAGGAGCCCUUUCACAAGAUGAAGCAAUUCCUGUCUGAUGAACAGAAUAUUCUGGCCUUGCGGAGUAUCCAGGGCAGGCAAAGAGAGGUUCCAGGCCAGAACAUACAAAGAAUGUUGCAGGAAGUAAAGAAACGAAGAUAUGGUUCAGAAGGCAACAUCACAACACGGAUCAGAACCCCUGAGACAGGCUCUGAUGAGGCCAUCAAAUCAAUUCUUGAACAAGCCAAGAGAGAACUACAGGUGCAAAAAAAUGUUGAUUCAACUCAGCCACCUUGUACAUCUAGCAGUGGUGGUUCAGAUGAAGCAAUAUGGUCAAUACUGGAACAGGCUCGGCGUGAGAUGGAAGCUCAGAAGGCUGGCCUUGAGCCGACACCGAAGCCAACACCUGUUGCGCAAGCUGACUUGACCCUUCAUUCAUCCAAAGUAGCAGCAGCAGCAUCAUCAUCAUCAUCAUCAACAGCACCAACAUCAACGUCGUCGUCAUCGUCAAUCUCUUCCUCAUUAACAGUCAUGAAAAAGCCUUCCAUGAUGGAUUCCAGUAACAAUGCAACUCAGACUUCUCAUGGAUUAAAAAAGGAACCAGUACAUGAAUUGUGCACCUCGGAACACCAUGGUGUUGCAGAAACACCGCAUAAUAUGCUUAAGCAAGUUAAAAAUGAAUUGGGACGAGGUAGUACCUGGAGGGACCAGUGGUGGAACACAGUCUGCCCAGACAGAAGAAAUCCAGAAGAUGGAAGAGCUGAGGAAAUUAACAGUGGAAGAGAUAGGUUUAAUAAUCCAAGCAGACUCGAUCGAAACUCAUUGCAAGGGCCUGCUUCAUCUGACCACUGGAAGGAAUGGCAAAACACUGAAUCCCCUUAUUCUCAAGCAUCUGAUUUAGGCACAGUGGUUGCUGGUAGUAGUGUGACCCCACAGAGCAGUCCUCUGCCUUCUUCACCUCUUAUUCCUGUUUCUAAACCACUUAAGCCUUCUAUACCACCACUAACACCAGAGCAGUAUGAGAUCUACAUGUACCAGGAGGUGGACACAGCUGAACUAACACGACAAGUGAAGGAGAAGUUGGCCAAGAAUGGGAUCUGCCAGAGGAUCUUCGGGGAAAAAGUGUUACGUCUGGCCACACCACCCAGCUCCUCACCGGCCACAUCAAAUGACUACCGUGGAGCAUUCUGCACUGGAGCAACACCGGUUUUGGGCCUUUCACAAGGAAGUGUGAGUGACAUGCUGUCGCGGCCCAAGCCCUGGAGCAAGUUGACUCAAAAAGGCCGAGAACCCUUCAUUCGUAUGCAACUGUGGUUAAAUGGUGAACUUGGGCAGAAUGUUCUUCCAUCCCAGGUCCAGCAGCCAGCGCAGGAGAUUACCCCAAAGACCUCUGCCAGUUGCAGCCCAGCCCCUGAAUCUCCAGUCAGCUCUGUGGAAUCAGUGAAGAGUGUGGCUGAACUAUCAUCCCAGCACUCAAUAGCCACUGAGAGCAUUAAGGACAUCAAACCCUCCGAACCAUGUGAACACUCCUCCAAUGAUCCUCAGGUUCUCUCAUCGCUGCCAAUGUCUGGCCAGUCAGCAUUAAGCAUACAGAAGCUGGUAGCCAUGUCUCCUGAACUAGAUACGUAUGCUAUCACAAAGAAAGUCAAGGAAGUGCUAACAGACAAUAACUUAGGCCAACGUCUGUUUGGAGAGACCAUCCUUGGCCUGACACAAGGUUCUGUGUCUGAUCUCCUGGCACGGCCCAAACCCUGGCACAAGCUGAGCCUGAAGGGAAGGGAGCCUUUUGUCCGUAUGCAGCUCUGGCUCAAUGACACAAGCAAUGUUGAGAAGUUAAUGGACAUGAAGAGAAUGGAAAAGAAAGCUUACAUGAAGCGACGACACAGUUCAGUGAGCGAUGGUCAUGGGAGUGAUUCUUCAGUUGCUGGGCUAGACUACAGUCAGAGCGCCAGUCCCCAGCAACAGGUUCACCUGAAGAAGCCCAGAGUGGUGUUGGCCCCAGAGGAAAAGGAAGCUCUGAAGCGAGCAUACCAGCUAAAGCCAUAUCCAUCUCCAAAAACUAUUGAGGAGCUUGCUGCCCAGCUAAAUCUGAAAACAAGUACUGUCAUCAACUGGUUUCAUAACUACAGGUCCCGAAUUCGAAGGGAGCUGUUCAUUGAGGAAGUACAGGCAGGGUCUCAAGGUCAGACAGGAUCCGGUGGCUCUCCAUCUGUCAGAGGAAGUAGGACAGGUCACAGUUCAGAAGGGGAGAGCUGUGAUGGAGGAGACUUGGAUGUGGUGGCUGAAGAAAAGGAAAAUGUCAUGGGAGUGGAAAAUUAUAGCACUGGGCGUGUGAGCCCUCAGGGAGGGCAGGUAGAGUCACUUUGUGAUGAGGAUGCAGAGUCUUUUGUGCAGGUUGACCUUAAAGAUGACAAAAAGGAAUUGUCCCAGUCAGAAAAAGAUGUUAUGGUAUCUCCAAAUGCUGAGAGUGAAGAUGAGAGUACCCUAAAGCAUCCAGGUCGAAACAAGAGAUCUCAACAGGAAGCAUCCUCGGAAGAGUUCCGGAAAAGUCCGUCUUUAGUGCAGUCAGUUGUAGAAGAGGAAAACUCUACCUCAUCGGCCUCCACAUCAGCAACUGUAGGGGAGAGCUCCCGAGAUUUGAAAGAAGAUACCUCUUCAGAGCAGCAGGCGAGCAGUGAGCAGAGCACCACCUGUGGAGGCUCCUCAUCCUCUUCCGCUGCAGGCUUUCAGAAACGGCUGUUCAAUUUUUCUGACACAGCAUCACCUGCCCAAAAAACAAGCUUGAGAGAGAACAGCUUAAGGCGUAAGAAAGCAGCAAACUUGAACAAUAUUAUCCAUCGUUUGGAGAAGGCUGCAAGUCGGGAAGAGCCCAUUGAAUGGGAAUUUUGAGAUUAAAUUAUUAAUUAUGCACAACUCCCGAGAGUUACAUAUUGAGAAACCUCGGACAUUCUGUACUCAUUUUAUCCUGUUACGCACUUAAUGCCCUGCAGGCCACGGGGCAAAAAUGCCAUAGGCCAAGGUGCAUAUAGAAAGGAGAGCAUUAAGUUCUGUUCAUCAUAGCAUUUUCAAAGCCAGAGUUGAAACAUGCAGUUAAGCUUUUGUACCCUGAAGUGUUUUUGUGUCAUGACUGAUUUUCAAACUGUUUGGGAUUAACUGUUACAGCUUUGCCUUCCCCCUCUGCCAAGUGGGCUUCAAGCAGCGGCAACCAUCGGCUAAUGAGGGGAUCUCCUAGCCAUUAAAUGGCAGCAGAGCGAUAUUACACUAUCAACUUCUUAAGCAGAAAAAAAGAAUUGGAGAGUUUUCAAAUGACUAGAAUUUUAUAGCUGUUCAGUUGCCACUGAGAGAUUGCACAGUCAUCUGACUCUAAACACACUAGUUUGGUUUCUUAGAUAUUUUGAGAUUUCUUGCUGUUUUAAACUUUGAAAGAGAAGAACACAUUUAGCCCACUUAUUUUUUAAAAAAAGGUUAUGUAAAAAAAAGAUUUGUCAAAAAGAUGUGGUAGGUGAGUUAGUGUUUCCUUGUAUGUGAAUUUGGAAUAAUGAUAUGUAGUGCACAUUGUUUCAUAGCUUUAACUAACUCUGGUUUCUCUGCAGGCCAGGGUUUGUUUAAUACACUCCAUUUUAGGCCAAAUCAGGACAAGAUCUGUACCUAGAUAUUUUAUAACCUGCUUUUUAACCUCUAAACCACAAAGCACGCUGAUCAGACCUCAUAUUAUUGUCUUCUUGUGUGCAAGAGUGUGUGUGAGGACAAGUUUGUAUGUGUGUAAGUUUUUAGGUCUGGCUGAUUUCAUACAUACCGAUGCACAUUUAGAGUGCAUACUGCCACCCUUUCCUCAAUAAGCUAUGGCAUCAAUAGAGUUUGUAUGAAUUAGCUUGUCACAAGUUACAUUUUUUCUUGCCAUAUCUUUUAUUAAAACUAACAGUAGAGUAUUUCAGUAUACCAGAAUAUUUUUGUGCUUAUUUAUAGGUGUGGUAUUUUUUUUCUAUCCAUUGUUAGGAGGUGAUGAAAGGGAGCAAGUCUUGUUCUAAAGGGUCAGACUGCCGGCAGUAUUUGGGAUAUUUUACAAGUUUCACUGGAUAAAUAUUGGCUCCUUGACAUCUUACAAGUUUCAGAUUAUUGAUUAGAGUUUGUUCCACAGUGUAAAUUGCAUCAUGAUUUUUGUGUUGGUCUUUUAGGUCAGAAUCCAUUGAAGUAUCUGUGUAGCACAAUCAUAACCUGUCAUUUUAAUUAUAAUAUAUGAACUCUGUUUUCUAUAAUAAUUAUGGUUGAGGAGUUAUAUACCUGAUAUUGCACCACAGCGUGUUGUGUGUAGUUUUUGUAGCAGAUUAUGACUGUUUAUAGGGAAAGCUACAUUAUCUGCAUGAUAUGUUAAAUAAUCAUAUAUUUCUUACAUAAAAAAUCAUACAUUGCAUAUUGAUUGAGCACUUAGCUGUUAAGUGUACUUAUGGUUCUGAUUCAACUCCAGCUAGUCAUAGAGAAGGGCUCUAGGAGGCUGCAAGACAGUAAAUUAGAAUGAAAUCCUCCAGCAUUCAUGCCCACCAGAGAGCAUUCCUCAACAUUAAGCUGUAAAAGAUGAAUUGUGAAAAUUAUGUGAAACCAGAUCCCUGAGAUACCACUAUUGCUACAGGCAUGAGUGCAAAAUCACCCAGUUCAUAUCUUUCACCCACUGAUGGCGUAUAAUAGGUAAUUACUGGUAAACCACCAAGGGUAGUUUCCAUAUGUUUUUUUUCUUGAUCUCCUCAGCUUUCCAAAGGUGAAAGAAACAAGUUAUUUCCCGUGGUCUGCUGUGAGGUCUGCUCUCCUUCCAAGUGGGUAACCAUUUAACAUUGUGCCAUCGAGCAGUGGGUGACACGUGAAUCCUUGGAAGUAAAGAUUUAUGAAGAGGCUAUUUGACUCAACUAGUUGACAUUUGAUAUUAUCCUCUUUGUGAAUGUGAUUUAAGUAAUUAGCUGAGCUUAAAUUCACCAUAUGUCACAGUGGAAUUUGACUUAAUUCUACCGAAUAAUUGGGAUUACUGACUGAUUGCUGGAUUACUUGUCAUGUAGCUUCACCACUAUUCUUAGCAAAGCCCCAUAAAACUGACAACCUAUGGGCAAUAGUCAUAUUCCCUUUUAAUAAGAUGUGAGUGUUCUGUGCUAUUCGUGCUUUCAUCAGAUAGUGGUGUAAGGAGAAAAUUAGUAAUGAAAUGGAAGGCUUCCGAAGGAUUGAUGUUAACUUUGGCAGUUUUUUCAACACUAUUCUCUCAAACACAAGCAUUAAAUAGCAAUCCCUCCUACUCUUUACCAUUCUGCAUAACCUGAGCUUUGUCCAAUACCAGAAAUUUGUGAUCACCCCAUCGUUUCAGUCAACUGGAUUAUUUUCACACUUCAUGCCUGAGAUUGAACUGUUGGAAAGCAAGAGUUUGUGGGAGUAGCAUGGCAAGCUGAAUGUUUCUCAUUUUGGUAACUUUGAUAAAUGAAAACAUUUUAUAAAAUACCAUAACUAUUUUUGAGACAAUAAUCUGUCCAUCUGUUGUCUAAAUCUUACCUCAAGCAUGUGUACCUGUUCUCGAAACAGUUCACUUUGCAAUGUGAUCUUUAUACUAGAGAACUCAGGAAAUUAAACCUCAAUUGGAACACAUGAGAAUUGAUGUUGAUAUAACUUGAAGCUUCAAAGUUGAUUUUGUUUCUCAGAACAAAAUAACCUAAUCCUAGGAAUGUUUGCAGUGGUGGAAAUUUCUUUAGGAAUCCAUCCACACUGGAGGUUUGGGAUUAGCUAUAAAAUUGUUCCAUAGUCAUUGUGACAAAGUUAAUGGUAAUUCUUGGAAUGAUCUUGAAAGAUGGCAUUUUUUCAGAGAUUGGUUAGGUAAUGCGUCUGUACAUUAUGUUGACAGUGUUUGCUGUCAGCCUAUAUAGAACAGUUAAAAAAGUUUUGUCAAAAGCAGUAUAUUUACCAGGCGGACACUGAUUAUUUUUCAUUCUAAGCUUCCGUUUUGUAAUGUUAUCUGUAGGCUUUGUUCCUUUGUUGACACUGGUGUUUAACUAUAGAAUCAUAUAAUCAUUCAUAAUGAUGCAGAGUGUAGCACAUAUUAGAAAUCUUCUAAUGUUCACAAAUAAAGUUCCUAAGAAGUGAUCAUAAUAUCCUGUACAUAAAUCUGAGUUAAUAACUACAAAGUACAAAUUACUGCCUGAGGAAAUGGGCAGUCCCUAAAAACAGAUCAAUUCUUUGAUGUGCAAAACUUAGCAUAUAAACAACUUAAUAAUCUGAGUUAAUUCUGGUGAUUUUAAAGUAACUUAUCCUCAGUCAAAUAGCCUUAGGUUUAUCCUUUUUUUGUAAAUAAUUUUGAGUUGAAAUUCUGAGAAUGAUAGGAACAUUUAUUUUCGUUCUGUAUUGGCAACACAAGUAAUUUAUUCCUUUGAAAUUUAGGUCAGACUGGCUGGAAAAUCAAGUACUUUUCAUUUGAUCUCUGAAAUAAUUCAUUGAUUGUGUUCAUCUUCCCUGAAAUUUCAACCAGUCACCAUUCACUAAAUUGAUGCUUCAAUUGAAAUUGUUUUAUAUAAUUUUAUUAAGAUAAUUGUAAACUUAAUUUCAUUUCUAGACAGCCACCUUUUUAAUCAUCUUUAUAGCCCAGUUAGAGUAAAGGCAAUUAUAGCCUGUGAUCUUACAGUGUGUAUUUUGCAGGUUCUUUGUUUCAUGUAAAUAAUUAUGGGCCUUAUAUUUUACAAGCUUGUAAUAUAUUUUGGAGUUGUUGAUUUUGCAUACAAAUGUUUCAGUUCUCCUGAGUGAUAAAGGACUAGAUGAAUUGGCAACAUUGUAUCAUUUAGCAUUAAGACAGAAGGCAGUAGAGAUUUGAGAUACUGUCCCUGAUAAAGAAAUACAUUCAUUCUUAAAUCUCUGCAAUUAUUAUGUGCAUCAUUCUUUUGCACCUUCCCUUCCAAGAUAAUGGUUAGAACCAGUGAUAGUCCUACCAUCUUUAAUUGCCACCUUUUAUAUUUUGAUUCUGUAGUUGGGCAACAUUUCUUGUCUACAGAAACUCUGGAAAUCAAUCUAAAUUUUACAAUUUAUAACAAGUACUCUUUGUAUGCACGAUUUCUAUUUCUAUUUAAAACAUUGAAGGCUGUCACUAAAUUUUUGAAGGUUUGUGUUGCAAAGCCCUAUGUGGCAGAUACAAGUUUGAGAUUGUCUACAUACAUUCCAUUUCUGACCCAUAAGAACAAUAAGAGGCUAUCUUAAACUUUCCAUGGGUAGGUUUGCACCUAAAUCUUCUGAGGUUACCUUCUCCAUUACGUAGCCACCUUAAAAUUUGGUGAUUAAAACAUGUUCCUGUGAACCUCUGCUCAAUUUAUGUAUCGCAGAUGCUAACAUUAGAUGCUAACAUUCGGAGCCAGUAUAAAUAACUGGAAAUAACAGAGCUGAACUCUUGUGUGCCUUGGGUAGGAUAUUAUGGAAAGAAUAUAAGUCUAACUCUGUCAUAAUCUUAGAUACUGUGAUUGCAGACACUGAAUUGGCUCCCAGAAACAUAUGCACAAGUGGAAAAAAGAUAAAAGUAGAGUACAUUCCCUAAAGCACUUGCAGUAUAUUUUACAAAAAAUAUAUUUUUAAAAUCUAUUGUGAUAAGUCCUUAUAAAUGGAGGGUCAUCAGCAUAUUUUCUCUCAAAAGCACUAUUAUAAAAAGCAAUAUUAACAUUCCUUAAUUUUUAGCAGUAAUUUUGUACAAAUGUUUCCUUUGAACUUUUAUCCGAUGACUCUUCAAAAGAUGUUUGAAAUCAUUUUGCUGUACAACAGUAUAAAUGCACUCAAUUUUCCACAUCUAAUUAUAAUUGAUAAGCACUGCAGCUCAGAAAAUCUGUGAUGAAAUUCCAUUUGUAAAUAAAUCUUUGAUCGUAAAUUCUGGGAAUUCGCCAUCUUUUACUACCAAAUCUUUUCUAUGAAAAUUUCUCAAACAUUUCAGAAUUUUUGUGUAGGGUACAUCUCAAAAUAUCUGCAAUCUGCCCCAUUUAUACUAAAUCCUUCAAAAGUAAAGAAUACAACAAUUUCUUUUGCUAAAUCUCUAAAUUUCUAACAACAUUGAGAGUGUGUCUCCAUUUACUUCCUAAAGUUUGGGAUAAAUUUAUUAUUUAAAUGUAUCAUCUAAUAGCAGACUUCUACUGAUCCGAUCUAUUUCGAACCUUCGAAAAAAGUUGUAGAGCUUUUGUCAAUAAAUUUCACAAUUAUUAUUUCUAAUUCCUCCAUUAUGUAAAUCAUGUGUUUUAACUAAUGUUAGAAGACAUCAUCAAGCAAAGUAUUCUCUGUCAUAAAGAGAACUCAAGUUUUGCAUUCAGUAUAAUGUGUUCAUAAAGUAGCAUCACUAAUAUAUGUAAUUAACAUGCAAUUCUAAUUCACCAGCAUCAAUUAAGAACCUCCCUUGUAUGUGUUUCAUCAUUAAAUGCAUAAAACACAGAUGCAGUGAAAAGUUCACUGGUUAAAUCUCAUUUUUUCCCAGCUGGAUAGUGGCAAAACAAAAUUACUUAAAAUAAGGAAAUGGAACAGAUAUUUUUGUGUUUUGUAUCAUCUUGUUUCAACUAUGAACGUAGUAUCACUGCCAAAGUUGAUCUGAAGAAUAUUAUUUUAUGAUAAUCACCUAUUAUAUUGGUGUUUUCUCUUUUGUUAUUGGAUGCUAAAUCUUUGGUGUGCAAUGUUAGGGUUGAUUCAUUAUCCUCUACAGGACAGGCAGGACCUUGCCCAUAUUCUCAUCUUCAUAGGCAAGUCAUGUUAGGUCACGUUGGGUUGAUUGAGAGAGCCAGUCUGCAAUCUCCCUCUGAUACUAACUGUUGAGUUUUACUCUUUUAGCCCCAUUUUACCUUUUACUUAUUUAUACCCACAUUCUGUUUUCUAUUCUAUUAUUGCCCUAUUCUAAUCUGUAAGAACUACCACCUUUAGCUAUGCAUUCUAAAAGUAAAACAAUCCUUUCCUCCUUUCCCUGAGUACUGCUAUUCUAUUUAUUUUGAAGAUUUGUUUCAUUCCCUCUAUUUCCUGUUGUAUUCAUUCCUCUGCAUGAAUGUAUCAAUAAAAUUCACAGAAUGUAAAGCAUAUUUGGGUUCAUUUGUGUGCCGCAGGUACACUUUAACAGCGAUUCUCAUCAGUAAAUGUACACCAUGUGGAUUUAGGUUGGUUCCUUGAUUUAGUUUAAAGCAUGAAUAAUGGGUGUGAAAGCUAAGCUGAAUUAAAGGGUUUUUUAAUACUGCUGGAAAUGUAUAAGAAGUCAGUCAUCAUCUGAGAGUAGAAGCAUUCCUGUUCCUUUUGAAUUCCUCUGCUUUGGUCCAUUGUGCGCUUCAGCUGCAGAUUUUAGAAACCUUGUCUGCUUACAGUCUUGUUACUCUUUUCCAUGGGGUUCUGCAUCAUUCUGUUGGCUCAUAAGUUUUGUUUAUGCACGUCAUUAUGUUCCUCAUCAGGAACUGAUUUUUCUCUCAAAAUCCAGCUCUCCCCUAAUUAUUUUCUGCAUUCACAAAAUCUGCCCUUCAGUCAUAGCUCCAAUUUUUAUGAUCAACAUACUUUUUUACUUUCUGUAGGACCUGCUGCUGUGAGUUUUAAUGCAGUGUUUUAAGCUGGUGUUUUGUUGUUUGCUUAUUUAUGAAGGAUUAUUUCUGGUAUUUAAUAAAGUUUUUGGAAUACUUUUCUGAUUUUGCUCAGCAUAAUAUUUGAACACAACUUCUGCAGUUGUUUAGCUUCAUAUUUCUGUGACCUGGGCUAGUUCAGUUACAGAUUAAACUAUCCAUGUUAGACAAGACUAAGUCAGAUGGAAAUUUAAGUGACUACACAUGCUGGAUGAUGGGACAAUCCAUCAGUAUUUCCCUGUUUAUUUGUGAAUUCUCCAGAUCUUUGUUUGCAUCCAUGUUAUCUGUUGGCCACCAGCUUCUGUCUCACAACUACCACUCGUCUCUUCAUAGCAGCUAUUUCCCCACUACACUCAGUUCUGAUGAGGUGUCUCAACUGAAAAUAUCAACAAUUCCUCAGCCUCCACAGAUGCUGCUUGACCUUCUGAAUUCUUAAGAAGUUUUGCUCAAAUAACUUGAACCUGUUACAUUCUUUAAAAGUCACUGGUCCGUAGAGGUUUUUAUAGCUAUCUAAAAGUUUUGUUAGUACCACAUGUGCAUUAUAAUAAAUAUUAUGUACAUAGUACUAUACUUACUAUACGUAACAACUAGUACUGUACAAUACAUAUUCUGACCCUAAAUGUAGAGUUCUUUUCCUGUGGGCAUUACGUUUUUUGAUUUAUGUGAUUUUCAUUUUCUACUGAGCUUCAUGCUCAGCAUCAACGCAGUUUACCUUGCUGAAGUAGUCUUUGUAGUUUAUGAGUGAAUGAAAUCAGUGACAGCAUUUUGAUCAUAUAUGAGACCAGUGGUGUUGGUAGCCAACGAAGUUCCAAAUAAUAGCCAAGCCAUUUAAGCAAGAAAAGUAAAUUGAACUCCACUAAGUGUUGUCAGCCAUUUCUGUUAAGGCUGUUUGUUUCUUCCAUUUUGCCUGUGAAGAAUCCCAGACUGAUCAGAAAACAUCUAGCAAUUUAGGUCAUGCUUUUUUUAUGUGUGUGUUUUUAACUAAGUUUCAUCUCCUUCCUGUCCCAAAGACAAAGCUUUUGUAUGGUCAGGAAACUAGCUGGCUGCAUUAAACUUACAAUUUAAGGAGGGUAUACUUAAUAAUGGUUAAAAUGCAGUGUGUGUCUUGCUGGUGCCCGUAUUGCUUACAUUAAGAUUUAUGUUCAAAUUUCACCCAAAAUUUACUGAGUUAUUUUAAUUUAAAACUGAGGUCAUAGCAGGGGAUUAAAAACAAAACUGUAGAUAUUGCUCAUUAGAACAUAGAAUAUUGACGAAUACAGCACAGGAACAGACCAUUCGACCCACAGUGUUGUACCAAACAAGUUAAAAAUGCUAAUCAAAAACAUCCAAACACUGAUCCCUCCUACUUUCAUGUCUGUAUUCCACACCCCCCCCCCCCCCGCCCGCCAUCCUCCUUAUAUCCAUGUGCCUAUCCAAACGUGUCUUAAAAGUCUGUAAUGUACUUGCCUCUACCACUGUACCAGGCAAUGCAUUCCAGGCAUCUAUGACUCUCUAAGUAAAAAACUUACCCUUCAUAUCCUCCUUAAACCUACCCCCUCUCACUUUCAAUACACGCCUUCUGGAAUUAGACAUUUCAACCCUGGGAAACAGAUAAUUUCUAUCCACUUUAUCUGUGCCUCUCAUAAUUCUGUAAACCUCUAUCAGAUCUCCCCUCAGCCUCUGAUGCUCCAGAGAAAACAGCUCAAGUUUAUUCGUCUCUCAUGAUAGCAUAUAUAAACCAGGCAACAUCCUGGUGAACUACUUCUGCAUCCUCUCCAAAGCCUCAACGUCCUUCAUAUAAUGGGGCAGCCAGAACUGUACACAAUACUCCAGAUGUGGCCUAACCAAAGUUUAAUAAAGUUGCUAAUGUUACCGCCUUACUAAUAAAAGCAAGCAUUCCAUAAGCCUUCUUAACCACCCUAUCUAUUGACCUGUGUAGUCACUUUCAUGGACCUAUGACUUGGACCCCAAGAUCUCUCUGCUCAGCAACACUAAGGGCCUUGCAUUUUUCCUACCAAGGAACACAACUCACAAUUUUCUGGGUUAAACUCCAUCUGCCAUUUCUCAGCCCACAUCUACAACUGAUCUAUAUUGUGCAGUAUUCUUUGCAGACUUCUACAGUAUCUGCAACUCCAUCAAUCUUGGUAUCAUCAGCAAAUUUACUAACCCACCCAUCUACGUUUUCAUGAAGGUCAAUUACAUGCAUCACAGAUCCCUGUGGAGCUCCACUAAUUAUAUAUCUCCAUCUUGAAUAACUCCUUUCAACCAUUACCCUUUUUCUUCCAUGUGCAAGCCAGUUCUGAAUCCAAACAGCAAUUCGCCAUGGAUCCAAUGCAUCUUAAUAUUCUGGAUUAGCCUCCCAUGAGGGACUUUGUCAAAUGCCUUACUGAAAUCCAUAUGGACAGCAUCCACUCAACAACCUCUCUUGCCACCUUGUUAAAAAACUCAAUCAAGUUGGUAAAGCACAACUUACCCCAUACAAAGCUGUGCUGGCUCUCCCUAAUUAGGCUAUGAGUUUCCAAAUGCUCAUAUACCCCAUCCCUAAAAAAUUUCUCCAGCAAUUUCCCUACACCUGAUGUGAAACUCACUGCUCUGUAGUUCCCAGGAUCUUCCCUGGUUCCCUUCUAAGUAGAAGUACAAGAUUAACCACUCACGAGUCCUAUGGGACCUCACGUGGCUGAAGAGGACACAAUAAUACUGGUCAAGGCCCAGCAAUCUCAUCUCUUGCCUUCUUCAAUAACCUGAGGUAAAUCCCAUCAGUUCCUGUGGAUCUAUUCACUUUAAUACUCCUUAAGAGGCCCAACACUUCCUCCUCCUUGACCUCUAAAUGCCCUAACUCAGCACUGAUCUGGUUCUCCAUAUCCUUUUCCUUGGUAAAUACUGAAGCAAAGUACUCAUUAAGUACCUUACUCAUAUUCUCUGCAUCCAAGCAAAUGUUACCCCCUUGAUCCUUGAGUGGUCCCAUCCUCUUCCUAAUUAUCCUCUUACUCUUGAUGUAUGUAUAGAAUGCCUUGGGAUUCACCUUAAUCCUACUUGCGAAGUACUUCAUUGCCCCUCCUGGCUUUCCUAAUUCCCUUCGUUAUUUCUUUUUCUAGCUUCUGUUUACUCACAUGCUUCAUCUGAUCCUGACUUCUGAAGCUUUACAGACUUUUUAACAUUUUUGUCUUGACUAAAUUCAUCACCUCUCUGGACAUCCAAGGGUUCUCUUAUUUUUCCAUUCCUGUCCUUCCUUCUAACAGGAACAUACCUUUCCUGUACUCCAUGCAAUUGAUUUUUAAACACUUUCCAUGUGACUGAUAUAUGGACUUGCCAGAGAAAAGGUGUGUCCAAUUAAUGCUUCUUAGUUCCUGCCUAAUGCCCUUAUAAUUUGGCCUACUGCAGUAUAAAAUUUUCUUGCAAGGACCAUACUUAUCCUUAUCUAUAGCCAUCAUGAAGGUUAAGGAAUAGUGGUCACUGUUCCCUCAUUGCUCACCCACUGAAACAUCAGUCAUCUGGCCAGGCUCAUUAACCAACACCAGGUCAAGUACGACUCCUCAUCUCGUGGGACCAUCCACAUACUGAAUCAAAAAGCCUUCCUGGAUACACUUAACAAAUUCUGCCCCAUUAAAACUCCUUGCACUAAGAAGGGUUCAGUUUAUUUCGGAAGUUGAAGCUCCCCAUGACGAAAACCCUAUGUUUUUACACAUUUCUUUAAUCUGAUUACAUAUCCGUUGCUCAAAUGUCCAGGUGGCUUUUAGGGGUUGUGUAGUACAAUACCAUCAGUGUGAUUGCACCCUUUGUAUUCCUGAGUUCCACCCAAAUGGACUUAGUGUCUGACCCCUCCAUUAUGUCUUGAGUGCAGCUGUGAUAUUGUCUCUGAUUAGUAGUGCAACUCCAUCCCCUCUUUCACCUCCUCCUCAAUCAUUUCUAAAACUUCGAAAACCUGGUACAUUAAUUGCCCAUUCUUGCUUCUCUCUCAACCAAGUUUCAGUAAUGGCAACAGCAUCAUAAUUCCAUGUACUGAUCCGUGCUCCAUCUUCAUCACUCUUACCCAUAACCCUAGCUCACACUUGAAACUAUCUGACUCAUAAUACCUAUUAUUUAAAUUUUGUCUUUCAAUACAUCCCCUGACAUCUACCAGUCCUUCCUUCCUUCCUUCCCAGCCUUUUGCAAAACUAGUUUAAAUUCUCACAAGUAGCAUGAGUGAACCUCCCAGCCAAGGUAUUAGUUCCCCUCCAGUGCAAUCUGUCCCACUUGUACAGGUCACUCCUUCCUCAGAAAAGUUUCCAAUGAUCCACGAACGUGAAACCCUGUUCCCUACACCAUCUCCACAGCCACUCAUUCAUCCAUGCUGUCACCCCAAUCCUACCUGCACUAGCCCAUGGCACAGAGAGUAAUGUGGAGAUUACAAUCUUGAAGGCCCUUUUCUUCAGCCUCUUACCUAACUGUAAACUCACUGCACAGGACCUCUUCCCCUUUUCUGCCCAUGUCUUUGGUGCCAAUAUGCACCACAACUUCUGGCUGUUCCCCCUCCCCCUUUAGAAUAUCCUGUUGUUACACUUGGUAUUUUUAUUACAGUUUUCGAUGGUUUCUUGAAAAUUUAGUGCUUGGUUUGGUUUUUCUGGAUUUUUUUUGUUUUGUCUUGAUCCCCCAUGCUCCUUCAGCUGAGCAAGAGGAGAAAGACAAAGCAAGUCAUCAGUGAGAUGAAAGACAUAAUGUAUAAUGCUCAAGUAAAGAUGCAUUUUCACAGAUUAGCAUCAGACAAUCCAGAAGUCACACUUAAGAGUACUUUUGACUUGGUAACUUAAACAGUGAAUCUCAUGAAUUCCUGUCUGAUCAGCUGCUGAGAGAAUGCAAUUAAGAAAAUCGUGUUUAGGACGAUAUGCUAACUAGUGGCAGUUUGUCGGACAACUACUAAAAUUCCUUUUUGCUGAGAAAUCAUUGAUUGUGACUCAGAGCUGCAGGGUCUAGAAUGUAGAAAUCAGAACAUACUCUGUUGAUAAUUCAUUAAAGUUGGGAUACCAUACAAGUAUUAGUGACUUGUUCUUGCAACAUGGAAAUUGUGGCUCAGCUUAGUCUCAAGAUUUGGAGAAGAAAUAAGAAGUGAUAAUCGUGUGAAAGUGUCUAGGAUUUAAUUUACAAGUGGAGAUUAUGAUUAUUUAUUUGUGUUAAGACAUAUAUCAUGUCACUCCUCACUCUGAGCGUUGCUUAAAUGCUCUGAAAAAUGCCCCUUGUAUCUUACUUUCAGGUAGAGCAAUUGCAGAGUCUGGAUGGAUUGAAAGCAUUAGUCUAUUGUCCUCAUGAAAAGUGAAAAUGAUCACCAUCAAAGGAGGGCAGGCUGAAAUAUGUUAAUAUUGCGUCUAGAAGGAAGGUUGUAAUGGACAUCCAGAACCAUGAAUAUUGAUAUGUAAGGGUGAUAUUCUGAGAGAAAGUGACAUUCUUCUCCCUCAUAUUUUCCUUUCUUACAAUGUGCCUAGUGAUGACACUACAGUUAUGUUAGCAAUGGAAAGUCAUGCCUUUUGCUUAGUGUCAGAGGUGGACUGUCCAGUCUUGUGGCUGGUUGUAUUUGCUACAGUGCAGUGAGAGAUGAUCUCAGUUGCAAUGAAAUAGAACAUGAUCCCAUUGUUAAAUAGUCCAGCCAAUGAGUCAUGAAAACAAACAAAGCAACAUCACCUAUUUAUACAACUCAAUAAUAAAAUGUAACUAGUCUUUUCUUUCCUCAGAUACUGACUAACUUGCUGAGUGCUUUUGGCUUAUUUGGAUUUCCAACAUGUACAGCUUUCAGUUUUGGAGUUACAGCAAUAGAUUAUCUUUGACUAUGGCAAAUAAGUUUCACUUCUGCCUUUUGAGCUUGAGCACUUAAACAACAUUAAUUUCUAUAGCACAUGUCUGAAUCAUGGUUCUCUAAGUUGAGGUGAGACAAUAGUUUUAAUCUUUGCUCCAGCCUCCUAGAGCCCCCUUUAAAUCAAAUUGGUCAAUAGUAAGUAGAAAGAGACCGCUCAUUAAACCUUUUUCCAUUUUGUUGGGGAGAGUGGUGGAAAUCCAUGGAAUUAUACAUUACCAUCUGUGCAAUAACUAUUAACCACCUGUGGACCAUUUCUGUACUGCCCCAUGUACUACAGCAGCACACUUGUGUGACAUACCUACCUGGACAAUUUUAAUAAGCUUAUUGUCUUUACCCACUCCCCAAAAGUUUUGUGAUGUCUUACAGUUUAACAGUAUUCCGUUUAUUAAUGCCAUCAUAUACUGAAAAUUUUAGAUGAUUUUUAGACUUUUUCUAUUCACAGUCACAGAGAAAGUUCACAAUGAUAAACCCAGAUGACCAAAACAAAGUGUCAUUCUUGUGCACAUGACUUUAUGCUAACCAUUUUUCACUGUGAUCCACAUUUCAUAGUUGUUUUUCUUGGUAUUAGGAAUUGGUCAAAACUUUUCUAUAUGGCUGGCAGAAAUGAAAUCUGCUCUCUCUAAUCAGGUUUCUCUCUGUCUCUGGUGAUUAGUCAUACUGCAUACUUUGUUCUCAGCACUGUAAACAGUCCUUAUAUAAUAUGGAGAAGCAAUAUCACUGUAUGAAACUCACAUGAUGUAUUAUUCACUAGCACCCUAGGUGUGAUAAUUGAAGUAAAUAUCUUUUAUACAAA